GUUGAUACUAGCGCCGCUAAGAAGGGAAGGAUACAGCGUGGUUGUUUUUAUUGUCAUAUUUAAAGUGCGUUAUCUAGUUACUUAGAUAUUUGACUGGUUUAGAACAAAAUUGUUGAAUUAAGCCAUUUGGAAUUUCGUAAGCCAAGCUUGACGUUCAUUGAAACAUGGAACAAAUUCAGGAGGAUUUAAAUAUAUCAGAAGAACAAGAAGAGGAGGAACAUAUGCAAGAAGAAGAUAUCCAUCAUGGUGCUGAAGUUACAGGUGAUUCAGAUUUAGUUGACGAUUUAGGUGAAGAAAUGCAAGGAAAUGAAGUUGAAGGAGAAGAGGUUGAAGAUUCAAUGGAAGGUGAAAGUGCCAAUAUUGAAGAUGAAACUGAAGGAAUUGAUGGUGCAUUAAAUGGCAGUACUGAACCUUUGGAAGCAGGUGAUGAAUCAGAUAUGCAUGAGCAGCAAUCAUUAGAUCAUGCUGGAGUUUUAGUUAAUGAAGGUGAUGAAGUGAAUCAUCCAGUAGAAACAAAUGAAUCUAUGAGAGAAGUUGAACCUGAAUCUGCUGGACAAAAUAUAAAUCACAGAGAAAUUGAAUCACAUAAGGAUAUGCCUACUCUACCUGAGGAUGAAGCUGCAAUGGCAACAGAGAGUGUCCAAUCUGGAUUAAAAGAUGUUCCUAUGAAGGAAAUAACAAAACCUGAACUUGAACCUGAAUCAAGUUUUCCAUCUCAGGACCAGGGACAAAGAAUGGAAUCAGAAUCUCCCUUAGAGCAUGAUGCUCUUCCUGUCUCUGAAUUGAACAGAUUGGCCGGUGCUUGCGUUAGUAUUGCUCAUCAGGCUCAUGAAACAUUAGAUAAUAAAUCACACAUUGAUCAUGUAAAUGAUUCUGUUCCUGUUGAACAUCCAAACAAAGAAAUUACUUUCCAGAAGCCAGGACUAGAAAGACUCAGAGAAGAAAACACACAAAUUUCCGGUGUUAUGAAAGAUAGCUUACCAAUCAUUAUGAAAGAUGAAACUGAGUCGCACCAAGACGCUGUUGAUCCAAUGCAAGAACAUUUAGCUCUAAAAGCUACUGACAAUUUACAACUUGCAUUGCAAAAAAAAGAUGAUCCAGGAACAGAUGAUUUAGCAACUCUAGCAAAUGCAGCAUUGACUUGUGAUCAAGCCAAUGGAAAUAAACCAGAAGAACCUGUGAAAAAAGAGCCUGUUUGGUGUGAUGUUGGUAUUAUCAAGGGAAACUCUUAUCACGUUACUUAUUACCAUGAGCCUCCGUUUUCUCAUGAUCCUGAACAUGAAAAUAUAAAUACAGACAAUUUGCCUGACUUUACUAACUGCUUUAAAAUAGACCUUGAACCGGGUACUGCAUAUAAAUUUAGAGUGUGUGCUAUCAAUUCUUGUGGGCGUGGACCCUGGAGCGAAAUAUCUGCUUUUAAGACAUGUUUGCCUGGGUAUCCUGGGGCACCUUCCUCAAUCAAAAUAUCAAAGUCUGCUGAGGGAGCUCAUUUAUCUUGGGAGCCCCCUUCGAAUCCAGCUGGAAAUAUCAUUGAAUAUUCCGUUUGUCUGGCAGUCAGAAACACGACACAAGCUCAAACUGAACAAAAGGGACAACAGUUAGCCUUUGUUCGUGUCUAUAGUGGCCCUCAAAAUCAAACAGUUGUUCCUAAUGCCUCCUUAGCUGCUGCCCAUAUUGAUACUACAUCAAAGCCUGCCAUUAUAUUUAGGAUAGCGGCAAAGAAUGAAAAAGGAUUUGGACCUGCAACCCAAGUUAGGUGGUUACAAGAUGUCGUUGCCUCCCCUGCGGGUGGUGUAAAAACCAUGCUUAAAAAAACUGAACCUAUUACUCCUCGAUUGCCUGCAACAAAAAGAAAAAUUGAUGAUUAUUAAGACAGUUAUAUGAAAGAAAUUGUGUAAUAUUUAUGUUGAAUUGAAAAUUUUAAAUGUGUAAGAAAGAGACUUAUUGAUCAACUGUUAAGAAAAAUUAAUAACAUUCCUUCUUCAACGAAGUGAUUGAGUGUUUAAAACUUUGAAGUCCAUGUGACAUAUUUCAGUUUAGUAUAAAGUGUUAGUAUUUUACAUCAACAUUUUUGUAAAGUAAUAGUUUAUUCAGUACUAUUUGCUCUAAUUUGAUUGGUUUGAUUAUGUAUCAUUACAUAAAUUAGGGCAAUGAAUAAAGCCUUUUUAUAAUUUGAUGAGUAAUGUUAUUAUGACAUUAUGACUUUUAUAAAUCAGUAAUUACUAUAUAGUUUUGAUUUUGCAUGGUGCAUUGUUUGUUAACUGGACAGCAGGAGAGUAAAUUUAUUUAUGUUAAUUUAAUAAAUAUUAUCAAUUAAAAAUGUUCUGUCAAUUAUUCU